AUGUGGAUUUCAUACGGUGACAAGGUGCCACCUCAUCAAAUCCUAGUGUAUGAUGCAUCCGGACGCGAUGUUUCUGGUGCGGUUGGUCCGCUUUAUGAAGGUGACAGUCUUGUUUUAUCAUGUGAAGUUCGUGGUGGUCGACCUGAGCCAACUGUAUCAUGGUUCAACGGAAGCGAACCGAUUCAAACGACCGGCGGCAUUACAAUGGGCCGCCAUGUAGUUGUUAAUCGUCUGGAAAUUCCACAUCUGACCAGAGACGCCUACAACAGCACAUUGAGAUGCCAGGCAUCGAACACAAAACUGGCACCGCCUGUUGAACGCAUCGUACGACUGGAUAUGCUACUGAAACCUACUUCGAUUAACAUUACAUCAAAACCAAAACAUUUUGCAUCCGAAAUUGAGUACAGCAUCAACUGUGAAGUUGACGGUUCAAUACCUGAAACGGAAAUCCGUUGGACGCAAAACAAUCGACCUUUUAAACGAGGAAUGAUUACCCAGCAUACGAAUGGAAGUGUAUCGACAUCAACGCUGAUAUUUCGCCCGAUUCCCGAUGAUGAUGGCACCAUUUUGAAGUGUGAAGGCUCAAAUCCACGGCUACCCAAUUCGGCAUUAGAAGAUUCAUUAGUGUUAAUCGUCAUGUACCAACCGCAAGUGACUUUACAAUUGGGAUCAACUUUAAAUCCAGAUGAUAUCAAGGAGGGCGAUGAUGUUUAUUUUGAGUGUCAUAUUAAAGCGAACCCCAAAGAAAACCGCAUCACUUGGUAUCAUGACGGUCAAUUGGUCAAUCAAAAUGUAUCUUGGGGCGUCAUCAUAUCAACGAGGUCACUUGUAUUACAACGUGUAGCACGCUACCAUGCUGGCAAUUAUGGAUGUGCUGCUGCUAAUGAUCGUGGCGAAAAUCAAAGUGCCUUUGUCAACUUGAGAAUACACUAUUCACCUGUAUGUGCUGAAUCAAGCCUUUCGAUGGUUGGAGCAUCGUUGGAUGAGUCGAUUUCGAUUUCGUGUCGCGUAAAUGCCGAUCCACCCGACGUGGAGUUCGAAUGGAGUUUCUCAAGCAGUGGUGAACGCUUCGAAGUGCCACAUGGACAUUACGCAACGGUGCAGGACAACGGCGUUGGUGGAACGGAUGGUUCAAAAAGUGCUUCCGUAUUUUACGACUCGGAAGAAACACAUGGCGAAAGUGAUGGUCGACACAUUAUCGAGACGGUUAGUGAAUUGAUUUAUACACCAAAAAAUGAACGUGAUUACGGAACGUUGGCGUGUUGGGCAAGGAAUUCGAUCGGCAAACAAACGGAACCGUGCCUGUUUCAGGUGGUUCCCGCAGCUAAACCGUCACCAUUACGUAAUUGCACAUUACGGCCGUAUUUAACGAGCACUUAUGCGAUAACAAUGAACUCGACGAAUCUAACGGCCUCGGCGGCACAUUCAAACCAAAAUUACAACAACCAUCACCACCAGCAGCAGCAAUUAAAUGGACCAAAAGAAUUGAAUUACAUGAAUACGGAAUACAUGAAAGAUCGUAACGUUUUCGUGUCAACAGCUAGUAAAAUGGCGGCCAAUAGCAAAAACGGAACGAUAAAUAUGGCAAAAUUUAAUAAAAAGAGUUUGUCGGCCAAUGGCAGAGGCAACUACGAUGAAGACGACGACAACGAUGAUGAUGAUGAUGAUGAUGACGAUGUUGACGUCGUCACAACCAACAACGAUGGCAUAAGAGGGCCGAGCACAAAAACUCGUCGUAAUACCAAAAGUUACAAUCCGGAUAAUCAUAAAAAAUCGUAUUUACCUCGAACAAAAGUUGAACAUCUCGGUGGUGAUGGUGGUGUUGUGGUGGGCGAUGACAGCGACAUCGACUAUGCGGAAGAAGAUGGAGAUGCUGCUUCAACGGCCAAAUCAAAUUUGUCAUACAUGACAUCGAGAAUGAAUCAUCAAAGGAAUGCGAAACAGCCAAAUUUUCAUCACGAUAUAAAACGAAACCUGAAAAGUUGGGCAAAAGGAAGCAAUGGUCAUAAAACAAAUGGGGAUGACACCGUUGUAAACGAUAUGAGCUAUCGAAGUGGUGCUGCAGCGGCCGCCUCCGUCGCAACGGAUGGUGCACGAGGUGAUCGGAGAGACAGAGGCUCGGACACUCUACCAGAUCCAUUAUCAUCAUCGUCGCGGUUGUUUUCAACGUCAACGAUAAAAUCUAUGAUAACCGCUAGCAAUGAAGCUGCUGCUGCUGCUGCUGCUGCUGUUGCCAGUGGUGGAAAUGACCGCAGUCGAACCAGGGACGAGGGCCAUGCAAGAAAUAACAAAAACCGAAACCAUUCUGACAACCAUAAAAAUUAUAACAAUCUCGAAAUGAAGAGUAGCUUUGGUGUGCACAAACCGAACGCUGCUCACUUGAAAACACCGUCGUCCAUUCCGUCCGAACCGAAGUCAAUGCCGAGCGCAAUAAAUAAUCAUCAUUUGAACAGUAACAAUGUGAUUGUCGAUUCAUACGAAUCGCCGCCAACAACAAUGGAAUUAGAAUGUGUGGCUGGCUACGAUGGCGGACUUCCGCAACAUUUCGUGUUGGAGGCAUACGAUUCGCGAACAAAAAAAUUGCGUUUGAAUAUUACAAGUGCCUUCAGUGAUAUACCACUAUUUCGCAUCGAUUUGGCAGAUUUAUCGCCAUCGGAAUUAUCAUCUUCAUCGUCAUCGGCGGCAUCGUCCUCGUCUUCGUCUUCUUCGUCGUCGUCGUCGUCAUCGUAUUCAUCUUACAUUGAUGGUGGUGGUGGUGCGCCUACUUUACAUUUAAUAGCAUACAGCGUAAAUCAAAAGGGACGUUCGGAGCCAACUGUACUAGAAGACAUCGCCAUAAAUGAAGCGGAAAAAAGAACAGAUGGCGGACUCGGUUUAUCGAUUUUACCAUUAGCGGCUUUAUUAACUGGAACAUUGUUGACUAUCGGCAUCGCUGUGCUAUUGAUCGUGGUGUUGGCGAUACGUAAACGACGCGAUCCCGUGUCACGGAACAUUUGUGACGAUAAGGAUAAGCAUUUGGGAAUGGAUAUGACUGUAACCGCACCGUUGGAUAUGGGAACUGGUCAACAACGCUAUGUCGUCGCAUACACGUUAAAACAAGGCAUCGAAAAGCAACCGGACAUUUUGAAUGCACAAAAAAAUUCAGAAAGUACACAAUCAUUUAAAGCAGCACAGGCAGCAACGACGCCUCCACUUUUACGACCAGAUGCAUUGUUUUUGUCGAAAUCUAAUUACAGUCCCAGUGCCACUUUCGAAUCGGGACCGGAGUUUGAACCGAAGAUAACUCCAUCUAGUCACUCGAGCACGCUGCGUCGCAACAACGAAACAAAGACACAAACCCUAACGAAAAGCUCACAGCAACUGCAGCAACAGCUAUUGCAGCCACCCAUUUAUGAUUCAAUCGCAACAAAGUCAACGCAAUCAUUUUCCGGCACAAUGAGUGGCGGUGUGCUUGGCAACAAUCAAGCAAAAACCAUUCUAUCGUCGGCAACAAAUCCAUUUUCGGCCUACGAUCGAAAUACGAUAGACUAUCGACAAUUAAAUUCAAACCCUGAACCAAAUUAUCAGCAACAGUUCCACACAUUUGUAGCAGCAACAGAACCAGCACCCACAUCAAAUAAUCCACAAAUGCAACAAAACCAUUUGUUAGACUUUCGACAACAAGCGAACGCUACUAAAUUCACCGAUGAAUUUGGUUCAAUUGCCAUUAAUUCCGAUCUGUUGAAUUUAAGUAAUAGCUCGAUAGCCAAUCAAUUAUUGCCCAAUACGAGCAGCAGCGGUGGCGGCGGCAGCGUCAAUGGCAACGGUGGCAUCGGUAUUGCACCAACGCGCAUCAACUCAACCACGCACGCCAAUACCAUGAAUCAUAGCUCAACAAAUAAAGAAUCGAAUCGAAAUCACCCCAACAAUAAUCGAAAUCACAUAAUCACAGACACAUUACCUGGGCCUGAGAGUUGCGUGUAAAUUUCGAUUUCGCAUACCGAACAUAGAAAGAAAAAAUAAAUAAAUAAAUAAGCCGAUAAGCUAAAAACUCGAACUCAGACUCAUUGACAUUUUAAUGUCGGCAAAAUUAGCAAUGUGAACGAAAACCCAAAAUAAAAUAUAUAAAAAUUUCACUUCCCCAGCCAAAAUGGGUUCGGUUUGAGUUGUUGAAUAAGAAAACACUUGAAAAUAUACAUUCUUUUUGUGAAUAAUAUUCAAAUUAUGAACAUGGAAACAGCAUAUCCCAAAUACAUUGUGAUGGUCUACAAACACGAUUCAAAUAAAAACACUCACUUUUGCCCAAAACAUUCAAAACAUAUUUCCUCUCUCUCUCUCUCUGUCUCUCCCACGCCCCAUUUCAAUGCCCCAUUCAUCUGUCCCCAUUCCUGUACUCAGUCAGUCAUAUCAGUAAUGUCAUCAGAUUUAUUCAUUCACUUGAUAUCAAUGUUUUACCUAAUCUAAUCAACUACCACACGUACUAUUUAAAAUCAGAAGGAUUAAAGAACAUACACGAUAAAACCAACCAACCAAACAAAUAAAUCGGAACCAUUCCAACGUUGUACACAGCCACAAAAAUAUUUUACGAUUAAGCAUUAAUGACGUUUAGAUAAUAAAUGUUUGUUGUUAGAUUUUAAGGUGAAAAUAAUCGAAAUGAUCUUCACAAAUAAAAUCCGAAAAAGAAAUACACCUGGUGAACUGAUGUCAGUAAAAUAGCCUAUCAACCAAAGACACAAAUGUCAAAAGCAACAUUUACACAUACUCCUAUCACUUAUAUCAAUCCAUAAAUUAGGUUUAUAAAAAUGUAACUUGAACCAAAAAAAAGAAACAAUAGCAAAACCCUCUAUUUAUAUUUUAUUACAGAAUCUGUUCAGUGAUUGUUUGUAAACAAAAACUAAGAAGAAGAAAAAAACACAUUGUUUGGACACAAAACGAAAUCAUUCUAUGCUCAUCAUCUUUUGAACAAUGGGUGUAAUUGUAUGAAGUGGACUCCACAUGAAAUUUUUGCCUAAAAUGAGAGGAGCACACUUGUAACGCCUAACAUAUCCAAAUACACUGAUUGCAAUCGAUACAUUUCAACAAAUAUCGAGUAUAUUAUUUAAAUACCGAGUGGGUUUUUCAUCCAUCAAUUAAGGAACAAAAAAUCAACAUAUAUUGAAUUGUGUAAUGAAACGAAACUUUUAAGUGCGAAAUCAAAUUAUUUAUAAAUGGAAUUGAUGAUUCGAGUAUCGAAUGCUAUUUUGUGGCUUGAAUAACAUCCGAAAAAACAUACUCGAAUCAUUGAAACGCCGAAUUGUACACACAGCAACUACUCCUUUCGUAAUUGACUUCCAUAAGUAUCUCAUUACUUAAACAAAUAUAGUUGAUUUUCUAAUCAUUGUUUUUGUGUUUGGAUUUUUUCUAUUCUAACAACAAAAAAAAGACACAUAUUUCUAAAAAUAAAAUAAAAUUCAAAACGAAAUUCGUUUUGGAGGCAAGACAAUUUAGCAAAUACAUUUAUCUAAGUAAAAAACGUUAGGUAUGAAGCCAAUAAAAUAAAGUAAAUUGAAAUUGAAUGCGACUGGAAAUGUUUACAAUGAAGGAAAGAAGCAAAAAAAAAAAAAACACACACACACCACUUUUCAUGUAGCCAAUUUAAGACGGAAAAAAUGCUAUAUUAAUAGGAGGAUAAGACAAUGGUACAUAUUUAAAUUUAGUGUAACUGCUAAAUAAUAGAGUCAAAUCUAAGAAACCAUUUGGUGUGUAUAACGAAGGGAAAAAAAAUAUAAAAUGAUGUUUGAACUGUACAUAAAACCAAGAUAGAGUGUAACGAUAACAAAUCAUUUAGAUUGUAAGAAAUGUUAAUGUUAAUAUUUGAGUAUUAAAUCGAUAUGUAAAACAGUUUCGAAGCCACAAGAGAAAAAAAACGAAAUCUAAUCAAAAAAUGAGAACAUAAGAAUAAAAAAAGGUGUUCAAGAAACAUUUAUUGAAUUGAAAUGCAUUCGAAACAGAUGUGAUUGGAUUAUAGACAUGCGAAAUAGACUUUGGAAUUGGAAUGCUACACAAAAUGGCAAACUUCCACACAAUUUGAUGCAUUUCAUUUUGGGAUAUUUGACCGAUGAUGGUUUUGAGUAAAACCAAAAAAUAGUUAAUAAUGAAAUGGAACUAAUAUUAAUCAUAAACUGACAA